AGAAUUUCAAGAGCUUGGGCAAGAAGCAAAGCCUCGACGCUGAUUUGGUCAGCUUCGUUUCCCUCACUCAUCAACUCUCUGUCUGUCUGUCUGUCUGUCUCUCUGCGCGAUGGAUAUCGACUUCAAAGAUUAUCAGCUUCGGUGCGAGCUUCGUGGCCACGAGGACGAUGUUCGUGGUAUAUGCGUGUGCGGGGACGGCAACAUAGCGACUUCGUCGAGGGAUCGGACGGUGAGGUUGUGGACUCCUAGCGCUAGCGAUAAGCGUAAAUACGAGGCGGCGAAAGUGCUGUUAGGGCACAAGAGCUUUGUGGGCCCCCUGGCAUGGAUUUCGCCAAGCGGGGAGCUUCCGGAGGGUGGGAUCGUGUCUGGUGGGAUGGACACUCUAGUGAUGGUUUGGGAUUUGAGGACUGGAGAGGCACGGACAUUGAAGGGCCAUCAGAUGCAAGUUACCGGCAUCACAUUGGAUGGCGACGACAUUGUUUCUGCCUCUGUUGAUUGUACCUUAAUACGAUGGAGGAAUGGCCAGCCUACUGAACACUGGGAGGCUCAUAAGGCACCCGUACAAGCAGUUAUAAGGUUUCCCUCGGGGGAGCUUGUUACAGGUUCGAGCGACAAAACCUUAAAACUCUGGAGAGGAAAGACAUGCACUCAGACUUUUGUUGGGCAUACAGAUACCGUUCGAGGCUUGGCAGUGAUGCCUGAUCUGGGCAUUCUAUCUGCAUCACAUGAUGGGUCUAUCAGAUUAUGGGCAGUCAGUGGUGAAUGUCUAAUGGAGAUGGUUGAUCAUACUUCUAUAGUCUAUUCUGUUGAUUCACAUGCUUCAGGCCUUAUAGUGAGUGGCAGUGAAGAUGGUUUUGCCAAAAUAUGGAAAGAUGGAGUUUGUGUUCAGAGCAUCGAGCAUCCCGGUUGUGUAUGGGACGCCAAAUUUUUGGAAGAUGGAGAAAUUGUGACAGCAUGUUCCGAUGGGGCCAUACGUAUAUGGACAAAUCAACAAGAUAGGAUGGCUGACUCAGCUGAGCUCGAGUUAUUUGAUUCAGGACUAUCUUCUUACAAGAGAAGCAGGAAAAGGGUCGGAGGACUGAAAUUGGAAGAGUUGCCUGGGUUAGAGGCUUUACAAGUGCCAGGAACUACUGAUGGACAGACAAAAGUAAUCAGAGAAGGAGACAAUGGGGUGGCAUAUGCAUGGAUUUCAUCUGAACUAAAAUGGGAUAAGAUUGGUGAAGUAGUUGAUGGACCAGAAGAUAGCAUGAAGCACCCAGUUUUAGAUGGCGUUCAAUAUGAUUACGUAUUUGAUGUUGAUAUUGGAGAUGGUGAGCCCAUACGGAAGUUGCCCUACAACCGAUCAGAUAAUCCAUACGACACUGCCGAUAAGUGGCUCCUCAAGGAGAACCUUCCUCUUUCCUAUCGCCAGCAGAUAGUGGAGUUCAUACUUGCAAAUUCUGGGCAGAGCGACUUCAAUCUUGAUUCAUCAUUUCGUGAUCCCUAUACUGGUUCCAGUGCAUAUGUUCCUGGCGCACCUUCACAGCUGGCAGCUAAACAAGCGAGACCUACUUUCAGGCAUAUACCAAAGAAAGGAAUGCUGGUCUUUGAUGUGGCUCAGUUUGAUGGAAUUCUUAAAAAGAUCAAUGAGUUUAAUAAUGCUUUGCUCUCUAAUCAGGAAAAGAAGAACUUAUCAUUGACGGAUAUAGAGAUUGCGAGAUUGGGAGCAAUUGUCAAAAUUUUAAAGGACACGUCGCAUUAUCAUUCUAGCAAAUUUGCUGAUGCUGACAUUGAUUUGAUGUUGAAGUUGCUUGAAUCAUGGCCAUGCGAAAUGAUGUUUCCUGUUAUUGAUAUUUUCAGGAUGGUAAUCCUGCAUCCAGAUGGGGCAGCUGGACUUCUGAGGCAUCUAGAGGGCAAGGAGGAUGUUCUUAUGGAAUCAAUCAAGAGAGUAACUGGGAAUCCUUCCGUUCCUGCAAAUUUCUUAACCAGCAUACGGGCUGUUACUAAUCUCUUCAGGAAUUCAGCAUACUACAAUUGGUUGCAGAAGCAUCGCAGUGAGAUUCUUGAUGCGUUUUCGAGCUGCUCUUCAUCUCCGAACAAGAAUCUACAGUUGUCCUACUCUACUCUAUUACUCAAUUAUGCUGUGCUAUUGAUUGAGAAGAAGGAUGAAGAAGGUCAAUCUCAAGUUCUGUCAGCAACACUUGAGCUUGCAGAAAAUGAAUCUUUAGAAGUUGAUGCAAGAUUUCGAGCUUUAGUAGCUAUUGGAUCGUUGAUGCUUGAUGGUCUUGUUAAAAGAAUCGCUUUGGAUUUUGAUGUUGAGAACAUUGCCAAAGCUGCAAGGACUUCUAAAGAAGCCAAGAUUGCUGAAGUGGGAGCAGAUAUCGAACUCCUAAUAAAGCAUAGUUGAAUCAGUGUUAUCUGUGGUACUGGGAUCAAGUCCUAAGCAUCAGAUGUUAAUCUUUUAUUCUAACGAAGAAAAUGAUCUGCAACUUUUCCUAUAGGCCCUGAAGCAGUCUUUCCCUGACAGCUAUGCAAAUUUCAACGCUCGUGAUUCCAUCUUCCGACUGGACUCCUGCCUAUAGAAGUCUUUCAGAACAGCAUUCAUGCGAUGGGUCGUUUCGACUGAGAGAUGGCCACAUUUGAAAGGCAUUGAUUGGUCCUAAAAGUAUCUUCUGUAGGGAAUCGUAUACUGUGUAGGAGAUUACAUGAUAACAGAUUGAAACUGCACAGGUCUACAAUUUUCUUUCUGCCAGCAAAAGCUCUGAGACUAUGGUCAUAAGAAGCAUGGAAGG